AUGUCUCGGGACCCGUUCCGGAGCCGGGGCGGCAGCGGCUUCCACUGGCGCGGAGGAGGCCGCGGCCGCGGUGGCCUCCACGACUUCCGCUCCCCGCCGCCCGGCAUGGGCCUCAAUCAGAGCUGGGGACCCAUGGGGCCCGGCCCGGGCCAGGGCAGCUCUAAGCCCCCGAUCCCACCACCACCUCCGUACCAGCCGCAGCCGCCGCUGCCACAGGCCCGGUCCAAGCCCGCCGGUGCUCAGGGACCCUGGCCGGCUCCGGGAGAGGGCAGCGCUCCGCCCGCCUCCGGCUCGACACGGCCCGCCACUCCUCUGACGUCGGGAGCCCCUGCGGGCCCGGGCCCCACCCCGCCGCCCGCCGUCACCUCGGCGCCCCCCCGGGCGCCCCAGCCCGCGCCGCCGUGCGGCGGGGUCCCCACCACCCCGCCCCAGGCCAGGGGCCCGCCGCCUCCACCUGCAGGGGGCCCGGGCCCGGGGCCUAAACAGGGCCCAGGCCCCGGAGGCCCGAAAGGCGGCACAGUGCCAGGUGGCCCGGGCCUAAGUACUCCCGGCGGCCACCCCACGCCGUGGCACCGGGGCGGCGGGCGCGGGAAGCCCCGCGGAGGCGGGCAGCACCACCCGCCCUACGGCCAGCAGCACCAGCGGGGGCCCCCGGCCGGCGGGCCCGGCAGCCACAGCGAGGAGGAGGUGCACUCGGAGGGGUUCAAAGCCAGCUUGUCCCUCCUGAGGAGGCCUGGAGAGAAAACAUACACUCAGCGUUGUCGGUUGUUUGUUGGGAAUCUGCCUGCUGAUAUCACAGAGGAUGAACUCAAAAGACUCUUUGCUAAAUAUGGAGAACCAGGAGAAGUUUUUAUCAACCAUGGCAAAGGAUUCGGGCUUAUUAAACUUGAAUCUAGGGCACUGGCUGAAAUUGCCAAAGCUGAACUCGAUGAUACACCCAUGAGGGGUAGGCAGCUUCGGGUUCGCUUUGCCACACAUCCUGCUGCCCUCUCCGUGCGAAAUCUUUCACCUUAUGUUUCCAAUGAACUCUUGGAAGAAGCCUUUAGCCAGUUUGGCCCUAUUGAAAGGGCUGUUGUAAUUGUGGAUGAUCGUGGGAGAUCUACAGGGAAAGGCAUUGUUGAAUUUGCUUCUAAACCAGCGGCAAGAAAAGCAUUUGAAAGAUGCGGCAAAGGUGUUUUCUUACUGACAACAAUGCCUCGUCCAGUCAUUGUGGAACCACUUGAACAAUUAGAUGAUGAAGAUGGCCUUCCUGAAAAACUUGCACAGAGGAAUCCAAUGUACCAAAAUGAGAGAGAAAUGCCUCCUCGUUUUGCCCAGUAUGGCACACUUGAGUAUGAAUAUUCUCAGCGAUGGAAGUCCCUGGAUGAAAUGGAAAAACAACAAAGGGAACAAGUUGAAAAAAUCAUGAAAGAUGCGAAAGACAAAUUGGAAAAUGAAAUGGAAGAUGCCUAUCAUGAGCAUCGGGCAAAUCUUUUGCGUCAAAAUCUGAUGAGGUGCCAGGAAGAAUUAAGACGCAUGGAAGAACUUCACAAUCAAGAAAUGCAGAAACGUAAAGAAAUGCAACUAAAGCAAGAAGAAGAACGGCGUAGAAGGGAAGAAGAGAUGAUGAUUCGGCAGCGUGAGAUGGAAGAACAAAUGAGACGCCAAAGAGAGGAAAGUUAUAGCCGGAUGGGCUACAUGGAUCCAAGAGAAAGAGACAUGAGAAUGGGUGGUGGAAGAGCAAUGAACAUGGGAGAUCCCUAUGGUUCAGGAGGCCAGAAAUUUCCACCUCAAGGUGGUGGUGGUGGCAUAGGUUAUGAAGCUAAUCCUGGCGUCCCACCAGCAACCAUGAGUGGUUCCAUGAUGGGAAGCGACAUGCCUUCUGAGCACUUUGGGCAGGGAGGUGUGGAACCUGUGGGUGGACAGGGUCCUAGAGGAAUGGGGCCUGGAACUCCAGCAGGAUAUGGUAGAGGGAGAGAAGAGUAUAAAGGCCCAAACAAAAAGCCCUAA